CUGAUUCAAGACUGCGCAUUCAUAAUUGUUAACUCGUUCAUUUUUUGUAGCGUUAAAAAAUGAUAUUGUCAAUCAUAGAAGGAAGCAGUGGAGGUCUAAUGUACCGAAAUAUGCAAUGUGGAUGUGGGCACAGAGCACUUGUCAAGAUUUCAGAAUCUGCAAAUAAUCUAAGAAAAUUAUAUUGCCAUUGUCCAAGUUCGAAUAAUAAGAAAUGUGGGUUUUUCAAAUGGUUGACUCCUGAAAAAGUUGAAACGAGACUAACAAGUGAGACUAUAGAGAGACGAACAAAUCAAGAUGUUAAAACGAGGUUGAACAUUGAUGAAAUGUCUAGCAGACUUAAACAUCUUCAAGCAAAUGAAGCAGCAACAAUGUUUAAACUUUAAGGACUUGAGGCAAAUGAGGGAGCAUUUACUAUUUGGAAGCUUU